GAGAACCAUCCACUGUUCCCUCUCCGAUUUCAUUGUGGGGGACAAUAAUACACUGUAAUAGCGGAGCAAUGUUUUUGAAACCGCUGAAAUAUAUGUGCAUUUUCCUAAUAUUAGAAACUUGUUUUAUUGAGUUUUUACCUGAAAGUAAGAGCCAGUUACUCUGAAAUUGACGCUGUAGCUUUAAGGGAAUCUCAACACACCAUAAUUUUAUUUAAAAGAAAACAGGCAGGAAUGGAAGGAGCAACUCGCCAGUGAAUUUACAACUUUUUAAGUCACACUGUUUCCCAUGUAAUGAUUUGCAUGAUAUUGAUGAAAUUAAGCUUGGUUUGUUCUAAGGCUUUUUUCUCAUCGUGCAUUUACAUCAACAACACACUCGCCUGCCCACCACCAGAUAUCCUGACGUUCAUCAUGGGGCAGUUGUUGGCCUCAGAACAGGAGCAGUCGGAGGCUCAGGUUGCUGUUGGCUCUCUGCUCUACUCCGCCAUGUUGGAGGCCGGUGCUCUGCCUGAUGUUGCCGUCGACCACUAUCUGCUAGCUAAUCCAGAGAGCCUGGACUCCAGGACCCACCUACAGGACCACCUCCGCCAGCUGCAGGGGCACGUAGGUAACCGGGCGCCCACCUACCUGAAGGAGCUGAUCAGCCGCCUGGUCGCUUUCUCUGACGAGCCCAAGGUUGCAGGCCUGGUGGGCUUGGUGGUCUCCAUGGUGAUGGAGACGGCAUACGCCUCGUCCAGGGGGUCAGUGAGGUCAAGGGGUUGCCAAGUCGAGGAACGGCGAGCGGAGCUCCAGGACAUUAUGGAGGAAUACCUCAAGCGCUGCCGGAUGCACUUGAAGGAUGAGCAGAAGCUGAGAGAAGACACCCAGCGUCUGGAGGGCCAGCUGAGCUACUUGCUGACCCAGCUGAAGAACACCAUGCUCAGGGAAGGCCCCAGCUCCAAGGCCCUGAAGCACUGGGCCAGCGGCGCCGCCUUUCACACGCAGAUGCUGCUGCACCUGACCAGGCUAGAGCAGAGAGGAGACCCGCUGGUCGUCCAGGCUGCAAUGGAGCAGUACCAAGAGGACUUCAGAGAGAUUCUACCUGCGUACAGAUGCUACAAAGCCAGUACGGUGACUGUGAUAAAGUGUAGGGGAGGGCUGCAGACCGGGGAGGAUCCUCUGACUGAGGGGAGUGUGACUGGGUUCACUGUGGUGGAUAAAGAGUUAGGGAAGAGUGUGAGUGUACCCCUUCCUGAGGACGCUCCCCCUGGCAUUGUCCUGAUCACUUCAGAUAUGUGUGCUCAAGCCUAUUUAGAGCGACUGUUCUCUCCACAAGGCCCCAUAGCAGAGCUGGAGAGGUACUUUCUCAACAGCAGAGAGAGUCUACGCAUGAAGUUGAUGGUACAAGAACCAACGGACCCCAAAGAGAGGCUGAGCAUAGUGGAAACAGAACCCCUAGACAGAAGAUAGCACAUUCAUGUUGACUUUCAUACAGGCAAAGGCAAGAUGCAAAAUCCACAGAACUGAACGAACACUCUUGACUAAAUGUGCAUUUAUUGUAUUGUAUGUAUGAUCAAAUGUUGAAUAAUAAUCUGGUUUAUUCAAUGCUAAUGUUCUCCUAUGACUUUCUGAGAAAAUAUAUUAUAAAAGCACAUGAAUAAUUCCUUCCCACGCAAAUCAAUUGUUAUAAUGCGAGAAACUAAUUGUACAGACACAAAUGGCAAAAGUAGCACAGUUCACAGUACUUAAUUGUCUAUGGUAUUGAAAAGGAUGCUUGAGUGCAGUUUGCAGGUUUGAAUUGAUUUCUUCGUGCUUUGUGGAAGUGGUUCUUUCUUACUUUGUCCUCACAUUCAGUUCAAUAACCUUUUCUACAGCUUUGUAGAGUGCUCGGAAGCAACAGCUGAUUCUUUGAAAAUAAACUCUUAAUGGUUUUGCUGCUGCCAUGGCUGAA